AUGGGCUUAGAUGAAGCCAUGUUCGAGAAAGUUGUGUCCACAACAAAAGCUAAGGAAGUUUGGGAGAUUCUUGAGAACAAUUUCAAGGGAUUUGAAAAAGUGAAGAAAGUUUGCCUUCAAGUCCUUCGUGGGGAGUUCAAAUCUGUGCACAUGAAAGAGUUUGAAUCUGUCUUUGACUAUUUCACUAGAGUGUCUUCCAUUGUUAAUUAUAUGAAGCGGUACGGGGAGAAUAUUGAAGAAAGUCUUGUCGUCGAGAAAAUUCUUAGAUCACUUGACUCAAAACUUGAGUUUGUUAGUAUUGCCAUUGAAGAGUCUAAUGACAUGGAUACCAUGACCCUUGAUCAACUCAUGGGAUCCUUGCAAGCAUAUGAAGAAAGAUUGAAGAAGAAAGGAGAACCGGUAGCUCAAGAACUCCAAACAAAUGUCUCCUUGGGAGGAUCAAGCAAUCAAUCGAGAGGACGAGGUCAUUGGAACUAUAGGUCCAAGAGAGGUGGCGGAAGAAGAUAUGACAAGUCCAAUGUUCAAUGUUACACUUGUCAUAAAUAUGGUCACUAUGCUUCCGAAUGUAGGAGUGACACCAAUAGUAAUGAAGAGAGAGUGAAUUAUGUUAAAGCAAAGAAAGAUGAAGAAUUGUUGUUGUUGUUGGCAAUAAAAGAAGAAAAGGAUAAAUAA